AUGGCAUUAUUGCUCGAUGAAGACGAAAAUAGUGACCAAGUGGCUAGUAAAAAACGUUCUAUUUGGCUCUUGGGAACUGGUGACUCAUACCAAACAAUUGCGUUUAGCUUUAGACUGGGGCAUUCAACAGUACAAUCAAUUGUACUCGAAGUAUGCAGUGCGAUUAUUUCAAAGUUAAAAGACGAAUAUCUUUCAAUUCAUGGAGAAGAAGAUUGGAAGCGAAUCGCCAAAGAAUUUUGGGAAAUUUGGAACUUCCCAAAUUGCAUAGGUGCGUUGGAUGGUAAGCAUGUCGUUAUCGAGGCUCCUCCAGACAGUGGAUCACUCUACUUCAAUUAUAAAAAAACCUUCUCCAUGGUAUUGCUUGCCGUUGUAGAUGCACAAUAUAAAUUUUUAGCGGUCGAUAGAGGAUCAUACGGCAAAAAUAGUGAUGUUGAAAUUCUCUCAAAUUCAAAUUUAGGAAAAGCUUUGGAGAAGAAUAAAUUAAAUAUUCCAAAUGAUCAAUAUCUGCCGAGUAUAAAUGAAAAAUUACCUCUAGUUAUCAUAGGAUAUGAGGCUUUUCCACUCAAAAAAUAUUUGUUGAGACCUUAUCCAGGACCACAAGUGCAUGAAGAUCAGAAUAAAAAAAAAAUUCAAUGA